UUACGAAAUCGGUCGAACGAUCAGUCGUUUGAAAUUCUUCGUUGGUGUGUGUCAUCUAGAACUGUCGUCCAGAAUGAGUGUGCUACGUUUCGCUGAAGAUUUCUCGCAAUUAGUUAUGCGUUACAUGAAACAUUUACCAUUAAUCAACAAUAAACCACAAAAUGUUAUCGUGCCCUUGACCAAUGAACAAAUAACGUUUACCGUACAUCACGUGCUUCGCGCACUUGGGGUAAAGGACAGUGAGAAUGACAAUGACAAUGACGAUGACUCUAUGACAAAUUUUAUGACAUCAAAUAAGGAAAUCGAUACUUCACCAAUUCCCAUCACUUCGAAGAUCAAUGGCAUUGAAAACAAUGAGAAUGCAUCCGAGCCGGGUCAAGAUGGAUCUCAAUUUGCCGUAACGGAUUCUGGCUUUUCUCUUUCUGACAUGUCAUUAAAAACUAUUAAAAAAGAAGCGGAGAAUACUUUGAAUAUAUUGCAGAGCGAAAAGAAGUUUAUUUCACGAUCAAAUCCCAUGAUCUGCGCUAUUGGUAGAUCUGACACUUUUUGCAAAGAAGAUCAAAAAAUAAAUAAUGAUAUACAGGAAGACGUUUUCGAGAAUUCAUUAUCUAGUUCAUUAAGUGACAAUUUUAUGCAAUCAUUGGAAGAAAUACGAGAGUCUGCUGUAACCAUUACACUAAAGAUUGAUGACUUAAAAAAGCAAACAUCUCAACAAUUGACCAAACAACCACUUUCAAACGGUCUUCUUAAUUUUAAUCGUACAUCAACAAUAAUCAAGAAAGGACCCACCAAAAUUCGCAGAUCGCUGACAACUUUCUCUGGACCAUCAGUAUCUUCUAAAUUGCAUGUAGUGGAAAAAGAGGAUACUUUAGUGGACAGACGUAAAAGUACUGGUGGAAUGGCGUACAAUAUAACUCCCAAAAAAUUAGGAUCUACAAAAAUGGAUUAUUCGAUUUCAAAGUUAAAUGGAUUUUGUAACAAGGUAUCACCAGGUUCGAUCCCGAAACUAACGAAAAAUCCGAAAUACGCCCAUGUGAAAAGUACUAUACCAAAGCCAAUCUCUAUAACUAAGAAAAAGCCGUAAUAAUUAUAGUAAAAUUGCCAGAAUAAUGUAUAAAAUUUUGAUAAUUACUCUUGCUAGUUAGAUUUAUCACAGACUUGAAAAUAUUUUAUUUUAUACUUAAAAAAAAACAUAUUGCUCGAUUAAUAUAGUUAAUAUUUUUGUUACAUAUAAUUAAUGUUUUUAUAAAUUACACGAAUUUAUCACAUUUAAAUUUCGCAUAAAUAUAUAGUACUAGUUUGUAAACAAAGUCGUUAAGCAUAGAUACGGUGACUCAUACGUGAUAUAUCAGAUGUGACUAUACGCUCGGAAAUAUUAUCUCGUUUUCUGCCGCUUAUCGAAAAAAUAUCUUAUAUAUUCUAAACGUUUAAACGCAACGAUCAUACGGAAAUCAACGCAAUAAAGAUUGUUAACCUGA